UCGUUGGCGCUAACCCUAGAAGUACUGAUCAGAAUUGAAAAAACACAGCAAUUUAAAAUAUAAAAAAAGACUCAGUACAGAAAAUUAAUACAGUAAUGAAGAAAAACAGACAUACUAACGGAUCGGCAAAGAAAAAGGCGGUACAGGACACACCUGAAGCUAAUCCAGAUGAUGACAAAAACAUCGCAAACGUCGACUCUAUAGAUGACGAGGAUCACGGAUUUGGGGGAUGGCUCCGAUCAGCUGAUGGCAUGGAAACAAUGAAGUUGUUUGUUAUAGCUAACAGUAUAGUUAUUGUGACCACUUUGGCAUAUCCCCACGUGCAGACAAUUUUCGAAAUAUUAGCUGACAUGAUUUAUGGCACUGACGCUUUGUAUUAAAACUAUAUUUGGAGCGAUUGUAUAUUUAAAAAUAAGCUUUUUGUACGUCUUUCUUUUAAUCAUUUUAUGGUUAAAUCCUCAGCCAUAAAGCAUUUGAGUACAGGAUCCGCUUUCCUGCUGUUUCUUCUCCAUUUAGCUGCAAUUGGAAUUAUUAGUUACAUCAGAAGUUACUCCAUUUAAAACACCGUAGUCAAUUUUAGGACGUUUAGAUUAUUUUUUUAUUUAGAACAAAUUUUGUAAAAUUCCUCUCCGCUGCAUAGUGUGAAAAUUUAGUCUCUUUCCACUAUCUGAAAAAAUAUGCAACGGUUUUUUUAUACAUAGUACAAUUCUUGAGGAACAUUUUGGUUUAUAAUUUAUACUGGUUUUAUCCUAAGACGGGACCGGCCGUUAGUUUUAUAAAUCACUGCAUUUCCAAUUAAAUAUAAAAAAUUAGCAGCUAUUUCUCAUUAAGUGUUCUAUUUUUAACUCCCCACGCAAAAAGAGGAGUUUAUCUGUGUAUCUGUGUACUUGUGUAUCUGUCUGUGGCAUCGUAGCUUCGAUACGGAUGAACCGAUUUUAUUUUUGUUUUUUUUUGUGUCAUAGAUAAUUUUAUCCCGUGUGUUCUUGCGCCGUGAAAAUCUGUUCGGCCCUUCAAAAGUUGUAGCGAAAUUAAUAUUGAAAGUUUUCUUUUUAAUUUGUCUAACAAAUAAACUUGUAUGACAACAUGUUUGGUUUCAUAUUUCGCUUAUUGUUUUCUUUAAGUGUGAUAGUAUGGUAUUCUGUAUGUGUUUGGAAUAUGAUAUCCGAUUAUUUUAAUAAGGAGUUUCAUAGAUUUUUAUUUAAUGACACUCAUAUUUUUGAAGAUGAAAUGUAAUUAAAUAAUUUAUAACAAAAA